GUAAUUUUGGGUACAGCAUUGCAUUCAAGUCAUAUAUAUAUAUAUAUAGAUAUUAGAUGGAUAUAGAUCGCAGGAAAUGAAGGGUAUCUGAUGAGGUGCUGAGUCAGUCAGAGGACCAACUUCUCGCCUGCAUUUAAUUAUUCCACGUCGGCUUUGCAGAAUCCCCAUGUUACUCCUUUUCUUUCUUGUUUUUACCCCCACUGAUCACGAUCUUUCUUGUUUUCUUACUUAAAUGUUCUUCCUCUCCUCCCAAACACUUCAAUUCCCCAUAUAUAUGCAGAGGCUAGGCCGGGAGACACACUAGAAAGCUAGAGAUCAGGCUGAGCAGCUUUUACUUUGAUAAUAAGCAUCGAUCGUCGUUACAGAAAUGGGCGAAGACAACAAAGAACAGGAGAAGAAAGAAGAAAGCAGCACAGAAGAGAAGCAGGUCGCCGGGGAAGAGAAAAUGACUGAGGAUCAGCCACAGGAGAUUGUGCUCAAGGUUGAUAUGCAUUGUGUGGCCUGUGCGAGGAAAGUGGCAAGAGCUUUGAAAGGAUUUGCAGGAGUUGAGGAGGUAACCACGGAUAGCAAGGCCAGCAAAGUGGUGGUGAAAGGAAAAGCAGCAGACCCCAUAAAGGUUUGCGAAAGACUACAAAAGAAAAGUGGCAAAAAGCUGGUUGAGAUAAUUUCACCUUUGCCAAAACCCUCUGAAGAGACAAAAGAAGAAAAAAUAGAAGAGAUCAAAAAAGAAGAACAGCCUCCUGCUGUUAUUACGGUUGUUCUAAAAGUUCGAAUGCAUUGCGAAGCUUGUGCUCAAGUUUUACAGAAGCAAAUCCGAAAAAUACAAGGUGUUGAAUCAGUGGAAACAGACCUAGCCAAUGACCAAGUAAUAGUUAAAGGAGUAGUGGAACCAACAAGGCUGGUUGACUAUGUGUACAAGAGAACCAAAAAGCAAGCUUCCAUAGUGAAGGAUGAAGAAAAGAAAGAAGAAGAGAAGAAAGAAGAGGAAAAGAAGGAAGAUAAAAAAGAAGAGAAGAAAGAUGGUGAGGAAGAAGGCAAAGGAGAGGAUGAUAUGAAGAUCAGUACUGAUAUCAAGCGAAGCGAAUAUUGGCCAACAUCCAAGUACUUGUCGGAGUAUUAUGCAUAUCCUGCUCAGAUAUUCAGCGAUGACAACCCCAAUGCUUGCUCAAUUAUGUAAAUUUAACACAUGGUGUGCCUAUUGUUGUAGUUCCUGAACAGCUGUCUAUGCAAUGUUCUACCUGUACUUGGAUAAAAUAAUAAGAGAGAACUUUUCCUUUUUUUAGAUAAAAUAAUUGUGUCCUGUUUUUUGCUCUUGAGGUAUGAAAUAUGUGCCUAAUUGACUGUAAUGAGCAACGGUGAUCUGAGUUUUUGUAUCAA